ACGCGGCGGCGGAGGAGGCGGCGCGGCAGCUCCGAGGCUGCGGCAGGAGCGGGAGCGGCCCCGCGGGAGCGAGCCCCGGCGGCGCGGAGCGCGUGGAAGCUGUAGCCAUGACCACCGAGGUAGGCCCCGCAGCUGAGGUGAAGCAGGAGCCCGAGAAAGUGGGCGCCGCCGCCACGGAGAGGCCUAAGGAGGCAGCAGAGAACCGGCAGAAUCCGCCCUUGGAGCCCGAGGAGCCCGGGCCGCCGGCCCUGCCUGCAGCUGACAGCCCAGGUCGCCCCCGCCAGAAGAGGGAGGGGGAGCCAUCGGAGAGCAGGGGACUCGCCCGCUUCCUGCCGCCCUGGCUGAAGAAGCAGAAGUCCUAUACGUUGGUGGCGGCCGGGGACAAGGAGCCGAAGGAGCCCCCGCGGGCUGUCGUGGAGCAGGUGGCAGGUCCAGAGGAAUCUCCUCCCGAAGGGGAGAGGCCGCCCCAGGCCGAAGCCCAGGAGAGCGCUGGGAGCAGACAGCAGGAGGUGACAGCCGGGGUCAAGCCCGAGAAGCCGGCAGCCAGCACCGAGGCCCAGUCUGCUGAAGAGGUGGGUAAGGGCAAAGAGAAGGUGGAUGAGGUGCAGGAAGAUGCGUUGGAGGAAGCAGCGCAGAGGGAGAGCAAGGAGGUGCAGACCAAUGAGCUGAAAGCAGAGAAGGCCGCCCAGAAAGCCGCCAAGAAGACCAAAAUGGUCCAGUGCAAGGUGAUGCUCCUCGACGGCACCGAGUACAGCUGUGACCUGGAGAAACGUGCUAAGGGACAAGUGUUAUUUGACAAAGUGUGUGAACAUCUCAAUCUCCUGGAGAAGGACUACUUUGGACUUUUAUUUCAGGAAAGCCCUGAGCAGAAAAACUGGCUAGAUCCUGCGAAAGAAAUAAAGAGACAACUGCGAAAUCUUCCUUGGCUGUUCACCUUUAAUGUGAAGUUUUAUCCUCCUGACCCUUCUCAGUUGACCGAAGAUCUCACCAGGUACCUCCUGUGCCUUCAGCUGCGGCAGGACAUCGCCUCGGGCCGCCUGCCCUGCUCCUUCGUGACGCACGCCCUCCUGGGGUCCUACACGCUGCAGGCUGAGCUGGGGGACCAUGACCCGGAGGAGCACGGUGGCAGUGACCUCAGCGACUUCCAGUUUGCACCGAUGCAGACCAAGGAGCUGGAAGAGAAGGUGGCAGAGCUGCACAGAACCCACAGGGGCUUAUCUCCAGCACAAGCUGAUUCUCAGUUCCUAGAAAAUGCCAAGAGGCUCUCCAUGUACGGUGUCGACCUGCAUCAUGCCAAGGACUCGGAAGGCGUGGACAUCAAGCUGGGGGUGUGCGCCAAUGGGCUCCUCAUUUACAAAGACAGACUGAGAAUCAAUCGCUUUGCUUGGCCGAAAAUCUUGAAAAUCUCCUAUAAGCGCAGUAACUUCUACAUUAAAGUCAGGCCCGCAGAGCUCGAACAAUUUGAGAGCACCAUUGGAUUCAAACUGCCAAACCAUCGGGCGGCAAAAAGGCUAUGGAAAGUGUGUGUGGAGCAUCAUACUUUCUACAGGCUUGUGUCUCCAGAGCAGCCACCAAAGGCCAAGUUCCUGACGUUGGGGUCCAAGUUCCGCUACAGCGGCCGCACCCAAGCCCAGACCCGCCAGGCAAGCACCCUCAUUGACAGGCCAGCGCCACACUUUGAGCGUACCUCCAGCAAGCGGGUCUCCAGGAGUCUGGAUGGAGCUCCGCUGGGCGUCGUGGAACCAGGCCUUGUGAAGGACCUUCCCGGUGCUGCUGGGGAGCUGCCCGCCGGCCCCGGGGUGGGCAGCGCUGCCGCCGUGCAGGAUGGGGACGGCACCAGGGACCUCCGAAGCCCGGCCAAAGCCCCUCACGUGCAAUUCGUUGAAGGAAAGAAAAAUUCCUUGAGAGUAGAAGGGGAUAAUAUUUAUGUCAGACAUAGCAAUUUAAUGUUGGAGGACCUCGAUAAGGCCCAGGAGGACAUACUGAGACAUCAGGCUAGCAUUAGUGAACUCAAGCGCAAUUUUAUGGAAUCCACACCUGAGCCGCGCCCUAAUGAAUGGGAAAAACGACGUAUCACACCUCUGUCCCUACAGACACAAGGGAGCAGAGGAGACCAUCUUUUCAAGGAUAUUUUAUCCGUGAAGGAGAAGCAUCCGAUGGCAGCAGCACGGACAGUUGAAGAAAAAGUCCAGGAGGCAGACAAGAGCCUAGAAGAGGAGAUAACGUCCAUUUUGUUUAGUGCAAAGGGCUUUUGUGGUAGCGUGGGCACCUCCUGCAGCGCAGCCAGCACCCGGACAGCCGAGGGCCCUGCUGUGAGCCGUAAAGCCCCUCCUGAGAGGCCUUCCUCGCCCUCCUCGCAGUUGCCUGAGAAACGUGCUCCCGAGUCAGAAGGGCCUUGCACUGGAGCCAGUGAUGCUGUUAAGAGUUCACAUGAGACUCUGAAUGUAGUGGAGGAGAAGAAGCAGGCAGAGGUUGGGAAAGACGAAAGAGUAAUCGCGGAAGAGCUGAACGGUAAAGAGCUAUCACCUGGGAGUGGUCCUGGGGCCACGCGUAAGGUGGAGCCCGUGACACAGAAGGACUCCACCUCCCUGUCUUCUGAGAGCAGCGGCGGCAGUGAGAGCGAGGAGGAAGACGUGGGCGAGUACCGGCCCCACCACCGCGUGACCCCAGGCACCAUCAGGGAAGAACAGGAGGAGGAGGAGGAGGAGGUGGAGGAAGGAGCCGGCCGAGCAGCCCAGGUGGUAGAGAGGGAGGCGCCGGCACCCCAAGGCAGCCGCGGCUCGCAGGCAGGUGCCAGUGUGAGCGCAGUGCGAGCCGAGAGCCAGGAAGGCCCAGUGGCCCCCGGGAGCCCUGCAGAGAAGCGUGUAGACGGAGGCGCCACUAAGCAAGACGGCAGCGAAGACGCGGAGGACGAGCCGCAUAAAGUUAACGGAGAGGUGUCUCCUGUUGACCUUGAUGUUUUGCCACAAAUUAUUUGUUGUUCAGAGCCACCAGUGGUAAAAACAGAGAUGGUAACAAUUUCUGAUGCCUCACAAAGGACAGAAAUCUCCACCAAGGAAGUCCCUAUUGUCCAAACUGAGACCAAAACCAUCACAUAUGAGUCUCCACAGAUUGACGGCGGGGCUGGUGGUGACUCCGGAACAUUACUGACGGCGCAAACCAUCACAUCUGAGUCCGUGUCGACAACGACCACAACGCACAUCACCAAGACUGUGAAAGGUGGCAUAUCUGAAACAAGAAUUGAGAAACGCAUCGUGAUUACGGGAGAUGCAGACAUUGAUCAUGACCAGGCGCUGGCGCAGGCCAUCCGGGAAGCCCGGGAGCAGCACCCCGACAUGUCGGUGACGAGAGUGGUGGUGCACAAGGAGACGGAGCUGGACGAAGGGGAGGAGUAGGCAAGAGAACCCAUCUUUUAAACAACACUCGACUUUGCAAACCUGAGGAGCUUCGGCCCUCGCAGGUGUCCGCGCCGCCCCCCUACUGCCGCCAGUCCGUGCUACGCCGGUAACCCGACCAGGAGCCUGAAGAAUUAAAAUGCCGACAACCAAACCUUACCUAACAGCCCUGGUCUAUCCUGUUCCCCCGCAUUUUAAUACAUUAUUUUGUUUUAUAACCACUUCUAAACAUUCUUGAUUCUUUUUUUUAACUAGGGAGUUUUGUUUUUGUUUCCCGUUUACUUUGUGUACAACUACCUGCUUUUUGUCACUCAUUUUGAUCGAUGACGGUGAACAAAGCCAGCCCGGCUGGUGAGGUGCUGUUCACCUGAACAGGUGCUCUGACUAAUCCCGAUGCUGGCUUUCCCACCUUCGGACGCUUCCCCUCGACUUCGCACGGUAAACAGCGGAGUCUUCGGAGCGCAGCGGCCACGCCGCCGAGGAAACGUCGCUGCCGCUCAGGAGCGGUCCGUGCAUCCGGAAGGUCCUCUAGCGUCUGAGGCUCUCGGGCGCCUCCACUGCGGAGCCGUGGCACCUGCGGCGAGGGCCGAGCCCUGCGGGAGGAGGCGCCACGUCGUGCUUGCGGCCAGGCACGAGGUUUCCGGGCGUCCGGCGCCGGGCGCUUGGUGCGGGCCGCGUGCGCGGUGCGGCGGCCCCGUAAGAGCAGGCGCGGGGCCCGGGCGGGGCGGGCCGUGGCGGACGGAGGGCUGCGGAGGCCGAGCGGGGGCGGCGGCCAUGGGGGCGGCGCGCUCUCCUUCGCUCCCACCGCCGUGCGGGCCGUGCGGGCCGGUGCCCGCCUCGCGUCCUGGCAGCCUCCCCUGUACUCCGAGCGCCCCGCUGUGAUGCGGCCGUGAAAUAAAGGCUCUGUGUUCCCGCA